UGAUCGUUGGGACACUCACAGUCACACACAUCCCCACCAUAGAUCCAUACAAGGGCAUGAAUAGGACAAAUCUGAAUGGUAUCAGUGAUAAAAACAAGAAUGGCUAACUGGCGCAUGCCUCUCCGAUGGUGCAUUUGGCUUCUGCUAGUUGUCCUUCGGCCCAACCAUGAAGCUGCAGGCUCCUGCGUCGGUCGCGACUACGGCUUCGGCAGCAUCGUGUGCGUGGACACGAUCGAACACUGCGGCUUGCCCGGCGUGUUGCCCGCUAUGGCCAGUAACCAACUACUCAUGGUCACGUCUGACAAGGCGGGACUGCGGUGGCAAGAAACCUACUACCAGUGGAAGACUUUUCGUGCAGAGGAGUCGGUUGAGACGAGAGCAGAGUCGGUAAAGCUAGGCAGUCACACAGCUUCGGUUCAAGCUCUACCAGCUACACUGAAAGCCGACAAAGGAUCUUCUCGUACUAAAUCAGCAAGCGAGAGUGCUGAUGUGAUGCCGUCAGUACCUAAAUCAGCAAGAGAGAGUGCUUAUGCGAUACCAACAGUACCUGCAUCAGCAAGAGAGAGUCCUAAUGUGAUCCAAUCGGUACCUGCAUCAGCAAGCGAGAGUGCUGAUGUGAUACCAUCGGUACCUAAAUCAGCAAGAGAGAGUGCUGAUGUGAUACCAUCAGUACCUAAAUCAGCAAGAGAGAGUGCUGAUGUGAUGCCGUCAGGAGCUAAAUCAGCAGCUGAGAGAGGUGAUACUGUACUGUCUCAUGACAAUUUGGCCUCAAUGAGUAGCAAAUCCAGGAUAUCAAUAACGGAGCUGGAAAAAUCGAAGAACCUGUCAGCAUCAGCUCGAGUUGAGUCAGCCAACGAGAAUGCUGACUUGGAAACUCGCCUAUCUGAUUCAACAAAGUUAAAUGAUGAUCCGAAACUAUAUCAACCUGACUUGCCGUUAAAAGAAGCUUUGGUCGUAUCAUCUCAAAGUGAAGCAGAAAAGUUAAGCGUGGAUUCAGUCCCAUAUUCAAUCGAGUCGGCAAAAAUAAUCACAUACGCGGGAACAUCCCAAAAAGACUUAGUGUCAGCAGCGGCUGAGUUAACACGAGGAAGCUCUGACUCAGGACCAUCUCUAGCUGACACACCAGCUUCAACGGCGGAGUCAACACGAGUAGUAGCUGAGCCAGCCCCAGAAGUUACUCUGACAUUGGAUAGGUCUGAGCGUUACCAAACAAUCGCUGGUUUUGGAGGCGCGUUCACGGAUGCUGCAGCGCUUAACAUCCUUACCUUGCCGCGGCCACUGCAAGACUGCAUAGUCAGUUCGUACUUCAGCCCUGAAGGUCUUCAGUAUUCCAUGGGCCGCGUUCCUAUCGGAGGAGCAGACUUCAGCGUGCGAGCUUACACCUACGACGACCUGGACGAAGGGCAGACAGAUGAGGACCUCAAGCACUUCACCCUCCAGAGGGAGGACAUCCAGAUGAAGAUCCCGCUGAUCCAAGCAGCGUCUCGUGUACGUGGUUCGUCUGGUCCUCUGAAGCUCGUGGCGUCCGCGUGGUCAGCCCCGGUGUGGAUGAAGACUGGACCGAGUCUGGAUGGCAAAGGGAAAUUGCAGAGGCAAUACUGGGCUGUCUGGGCUCAGUAUAUCCUUAAGUUUCUGAAGGAGUACCGGAAGCGCGGUGUGGAAUUCUGGGCAGUGACGGCGCAGAACGAACCUACGGACGGUCUUAUCACAGACUUUCCUAUUAACGCCAUGGGGUGGACAGCUCUAGAACAGGCCGAGUGGGUGGGCCACUUCUUAGGUCCCACUCUCGAGGCCGAAGGCUUCAACGACACCAAAAUUUUUGUAUUGGACGACAACAGGAUCGCCUUGCCGCACUGGAUGGACGUUAUGGCUGCUGACAAUUUAACCGCUCGGUUCGUGUCGGGCGCGGCAGUUCACUGGUACGUAGACUUCCUUGUGCCGGCCUCCGUUUUGGAUGAAACAAACAGCCGCUACCCGCACUGGCCUAUUCUCUACACUGAGGCUUGCACAGGUCAGUGGCCGUGGCAGCCGCUGAAGGUGGUCCUCGGUAGCUGGCAGCGAGCGCAGUAUUACAUAGACGACGUUAUUGAUACUCUGAACCACUGGGCGGUGGGCUGGAUAGACUGGAACUUGGCGCUGGACACAAAGGGAGGACCGAACUGGGCUAAGAACUUCGUGGACGCGCCUGUCAUCGUCAAUGCGGGUGUUCAGGAAGUGUACAAGCAGCCCCUGUACUACGCCAUGGGCCACGUAACAAAGUUUGUACAGGAAGGCAGUGUGAGGAUCGGCCUUCAGUACACCGCGGGGACAAGCGAAGCUACCAGAGCUACGGAGCUACCGAACACACUGCGCGCGACUGCCUUCCUGAGACCCGAUAACUGUACGACUAUUGUACUUGUCAACAAGAAACGGUCGCCGGUGCUGUUGGAGAUCCGUGAUGGGGAACGGAGCAGCGGAGUGCUGGAGUUGACAGCGAGUUCCUUCAACUCGUUCUUCUGGUGCUGAACUCCUGUGCCUCCUUAGGAACAUUAGAUCCUAUCAUGGAAAUCUUAAUGAAAUUGAUACGUCCGAUCCCGCAAGGCAGGCUGAAAAAUAUAUCUGGCAGGCUGAAAAAUAUGUUGGUGAAGAAUAUAAAUUUAUUUACUACUUUUAAUACUGUUUUAAUUGGAUAAUAUGUCCGAUCCCGCAAAGCAGGCUGACAAAUAUAUUGUUGAAGAAUAUCGAUUUAUUUACUACUUUUAAUACUGUUUUAAUUGGAAUGUGUGUUAUUAGGAUUAUUUAAUUAUAAAGAUUAUUAGGACUACGCGCUAUCCGCCCGAGUAGAAAAUUAGAUUGUUUAGUCUAUUGGAUUGUUUAGUCUAUUGGAUUCUCUUUUGACGGAAAAUCAAUUGAAUACUGUGGGGUUUUGCUUUGAUAUGUUUUAUAUUAUGAUAUUCUUACCAGAAUUUGAAGAAAUCUGCCAUUAAAUCAGCAAGAUAUUACUGAUGUAAAAUAAUAAUUUAAUCGUUUCAUAUUGUC